UCUUAUCCUGCAUGACCUUGACCUAAAAAGGAACCGUAUUUCGACAUAAACAACCAUUCUUACCCUUCAGGAUGGCAUCUUUCGUCCUUCGAAAUCACUCCCUCUUAAGAACUUUACGUAGAGUGAAUAGAUCAACUGUGGAAAAUAUUUUCCGGUCAAAUCAACCAAUGAAUUUGUCGAAUGCCGGAAACCUUAGAACAUUGUCAACUGGCAAACAUUUUAAACCGGCUUUUAAACUAGACACAUACAGAAGAAAUCUAUCAAGCGAAAUUCCAACUUCUAAAAAAAAAGAGCUGUCAAUAGAAGAAUUGAUAGCGUUAAUUGAGGCUCGAGAUAUUAAAUUAAUAGAUGUAAGGGAACCCAAGGAAAUAGAGGAAACUGGUUAUAUAAAAGGAGCAUUAAAUAUACCCUUAACAAAGUUAAAGGAAGCCUUACAAAUGACUCCAGAAUCAUUUUCGGAACACUACAAACGUUCUCAGCCCCAAAAACACGAUUCAAAUAUCGUUUUCUACGGGCUUGGUAGCGUAAAAAGUACAGCCGCUCUAGAAAUUGCACAUAGAUCUGGAUUUAAAAAAGCCAGACAUUUUCCAGGAGGUUGGGAAGAAUGGAGUACAGAAGUUAACGCAAAAAAUUGA